AGCGCGCUAAAAUUUGCUUGAUUCUUUAUAGUAGUCCUCGCCGUCAAGUAUCCUUACGCGCGGGUGACCUCUGAAAGCAGUCUAUCUCAUUGGUCAUUCAUAAAAUGGACUAUUUUACGCAAACUAAAUUACCACUUAGCACUUGAUGAGAUGUAUAGACACAGAACAGUUGUAAAAUCCACUAGUCAAGUAAUAUUUCGUCAUUAUUAUUCCUUUCGGGUUUUUAUAUUUUUGCAUUACAUGAGCUGAGCGCGCGCUAAUGUAUUCAAAUAGGCAGAUGUCCGUUUUCCGUUGGGAGUAUUACGCUGCAUUGUGGGAAGACUAUUAAUAGCGACCUCGGUUUUAAAAAUGGACGUGGAGGGAAAAAUGUCGAGUACUGCUGUCUCUGACCCUCAAAUUUCAGUCCAUGAUUUUUCUGACAGAUUAUUAGGAAAUGAUGUAUACUUCCAUGUCAUUAAACUUUGUAACAGUUUUCAAGUAUUCAUUGGCAUCAAACCAGUUCUGUCUAACUUAGCAGUUGCUAUGCGAACGAAAUAUGACAAGGGUGUACCAACUGGCAGCAUUGUGUAUGGAGACACAAGUGAUACAGUUUCUCUUACUAUUGCACAGAAAUUAGCGAAAUCCACAGGAAAACAGGUGUUUGUGAGUUGCAGCAUACCUUAUGACCAAAACCUUUUCCCGCUAGUAGAGAAGCGGUUAAGUGAGGAAAUCAAGUUACAGCCAGACAAAUUUUGAAAUUGUAUUCAGAGGUGUGCAUGUGUGUCUCGAUUUUAUUUAUUCUCCAAGUUAAUUAAAAGAACACUACAGAUGCUGA